CUGACUCGCCUGGCCAAUUUUACUAUCCUUUUUGCCGAAUUCUACGAUCCAUGUUCCCGUAGAAAGGCCUGGUGGAGGCUAGAUAUUGGCGGGAAAACGGGUUUGUGUGACAGCUUUGCAGACGACAGAAUGAGAAGAACGACAUUUGAGUCGCUCCCGCCAUUCAGCUGAAGGGAGGCACGGACGGAAGGACUGACUGCGUGUUAGUUGUUGGUGUGUCGCGCCAUGGCUAGUGGUGUCGGGUGGAGGAUGUCCAACAUGUCUGUUCUAACGUUCGCGCUCGUUGUCUGGUCCCUGGUGGAUGUAGGUCUAUCUCAGACGGGGGCGAGUGAGCGGCUGAUCUCGGACAUUUUUGACGUCUAUCACAAGUUUCCCCGGCCGGUCAAGAACAUCACAGACAAAGUUACCGUCCACUUUGGAAUUUCUUUAUCUCAACUUAUUGAUAUGGAUGAGAAGAACCAAGUUUUGACGACCAGCGUGUGGCUAAACCAGCGCUGGGAUGACUACAAGCUGACCUGGAACCCGGAUGACUAUGACGGGGUCAAGUACCUCAAGGUCCCGCCUGACAUGAUCUGGGUACCCGAUGUGCUGCUCUACAACAAUGCUGACGGCCGUUUUGACGUUUCUUCCUACACCUGGGCCAAGGUGUUCUACAACGGAACCGUUGAGUGGAUUCCGGCCGGCAUCUACAAAUCCUACUGCUACAUCGAUGUCACAAACUUUCCCUUCGAUCGUCAAACCUGCAAGAUGAAGUUCGGCACCUGGACUUACGACUUCACACUCAUCGACAUGAAACCCUUGGAGGAACAGAUUGACUUGUCCAACUUCAGAGAAAGCGGAGAGUUUGUCGUCGUAGACACGCCGCUUGUGAGAAGCGUGGUUGAAUAUGAAUGCUGCCCGCCGUAUGUUGACAUCACCGCGUAUAUUGUCCUAGACAGGUUGCCACUCUUCUUCACCGUGAACUUGGUGAUUCCGUGCUUGAUUUUCACGUUCUUGGCCAUCCUAGUGUUUUAUUUACCCGUGGAUGCGGGAGAAAAAGUCGGACUUGCUAUCACGAUUCUGCUGUCGUUGUCUGUGUUCCUGUUGGUGAUUUUUACCAUUAUUCCUGCCACGUCGUUUGCUAUUCCGCUGCUAGCCAAGUAUCUGCUCUUCACCAACGUGGUCUGUACGAUCUCUGUGAUCAUCACGUGCGUGGUGUUACACCUGCAUCACCGAACGGAUGAGAUGCCCAGGUGGGGCAAGCGUGUGUUCCUGCACAUCCUGCCGAAGCUGCUGCGGAUGGGCCGCCCGGAUGACGGCGAUUCCGACUCACUGCGGGACGAGGACGGAGGGCGCGGCUCGGACCUGGGCGGCGGGAACGUGCUCAGGUCCCGCCACCGGCGUGAGCGCGGCGGCGUCCCGGACAGCCUAAUGGCCGAACUGGACCCGGCGGUUAAAGGCGUGGAGUAUAUCGCCGAGCACGUCAAGGGCGAGAUAGAGGGUGGACAGGUUGCUGACGACUGGAAGUACGUUGCCAUGGUAGUGGACCGCAUCAGCAUGUACCUGUUCAUCAUCCUAGCCUCUUACAUUGUACCUUGUGUGUUCGGUAUAUAUGAUCGAAGUUGCACAGCAACACAUAAUGUUCCUCACCUUCUGUGUUCUCGGUUUCCUCAGGUGGCUGACGACUGGAAGUACGUGGCAAUGGUUGUGGACCGCAUCAGCAUGUACCUGUUCAUCAUCCUGUGCGGGAUCGGCGUGUUGGCCACUUUUCUGCCGCCUUUCGUGUACGGCCCGCCCGAGCCGGAGAUACCGCCCUCUCAGGAGGAGUAGCCCGGUACCCGUCAGCGACGUUUGGUUCUGGAAAAUACAUGAAGCGAAAUCUCACUUUUAUGGAGAAAAGAACGCAACCUCAUAUUUGUUGAGAGGAAAGUUGACAGUUUAAAGUACGGCCCGCCAGAGCCGAAGAUACCGACGUCACAGGAUAUCUCGGUACCCGUCAGCGACGUUUGGUUAGGCUGGAAAACAGGAGGAACAAAAUCUCACACUGAUGGAGAAUCUCCUUUUUAUGGAGACAAAGGGUGAAACUUGCCAGCCAGAAAUCUCACAUUUUGGAGAGAAAAGUGGAAAAGUACGAGUCAUAGAAUGUUUGGCCGUACCUACAGCCAUCUUCAACAUGAAUGACCCAAUCAAGUUGGACACGUAACUUUGAAUCACGUGACUCCGAAAGUCUCAUACUUGUGGAGAGUAAACUUGAAACUUAUGCCCCAGGAAUCGGAAGUCACCGAAUGUUAGGUCGCAUCUACGGCCAUCUUCAAGAUGAAUGACCCAGUCACGUGACAUUUCAAUUAUGUGACUCCCGGAAGAGGUCAGAGGUGCCUGGCAGUUUGUUGUUGUCAUUUUUGCGGUGCUGAGGAGGCCAAGACGUGAUGUUAAGGACGCCUUGAGAACUUAGGCGAAAAAUCAAGAACUUAGGAUCCAAUGAACAUUUGAGAAGUCCGAUGAUCUGUACAGAUACAGAUACAGAUGAGGAUGAAAUAACCAAAAAAUCGAUGUUCUUGAUCCUUAACGCACAUUAAGUUGAGUCAAGGAACGGAGGCAAAACUGGAAGCAGUUCUUUAUUACCUGAAGCUGGAGGACUAUGUUUUUAUCGUCAGCAUGAUUCAGGUUUCACUGUUUUUGUUUUACCACAAGGUUGAAGUUUGAUCCGCACAAAAGACUUUAGCAGUGUUCUCUCGUUGAGUGGAAUUGAGAUUGUUGAGAUCGUUCUACCUUUUAUUUUUAAUUUUCUGUCUAUUCUUGUAAUUUUUGAGUUUAAUGUAUUAUAUGCAAGAAUAGAUCUCAAACGAAACGUGUCGCUUGAACUUGUUGAAGAAAUGCCAGUUGUAAAAUGGAUUUUGCAAGAGCUCAAAGUGUGAUGAUACUUGAAUGCGAGGGAAAAGGGCUAUAGUAAAAAAAAUGGACAAACACAGCAAUUUCACUCGUUUUUUGAGAAUAUUGGAAAUUAAAACGGAAAAAUGAACAUUUGAGAGGUUCUUGAUAAAGGAGCAAUCAUUCAAGUUUUUUUGUAUAAUUUCAUGAACAGGGAGGCCAUAUGUUUUGAGAUUUUACAAUUUUGAAAAAUGUUUUACAAUGAAGUACGAUAGGUUGUACUGAGUAAAAUAUAUGUUAACUCUGAUACAGAAAUUUGACACUUUGUUGCUACAAUUUGUACAAUAUGCAACAACAGUCUCCAAACUGCCACAGAAUGUUUUUCUUUAUCU